AUAUAGGGCGGCGGGGAGCGGGGCGCAGCGCGGCGGAGCCAUGGGCAACCGGGUGGCUCGGGGGGACUUCGAGUGGGUCUACACCGAGCAGCCCCACACGCAGCGCAGGAAGGAAAUCCUGGCAAAAUAUCCAGAGAUCAAGACUCUGAUGGGACCAGAUCCACACUUGAAGUGGAUUGUGUCUGGAAUGGUUUUCACACAGUUUCUAGCAUGCUAUCUGGUGAAAAACUUAUCUUGGAAAUGGAUUUUCUUCUGGGCUUAUGCUUUUGGGGGUUGCAUCAACCAUUCACUGACCCUAGCCAUCCAUGAUAUCUCACACAACGUCGCCUUUGGGAACAAGCAGGCCAAGUGGAAUCGAUGGUUUGCGGUCUUUGCCAACCUGCCAAUCGGUAUCCCUUACUCUGCCUCCUUCAAGAAAUACCACAUAGACCAUCACCGGUACCUUGGUGGGGACAGCCUGGAUGUGGACAUUCCCACAGAUUUUGAAGGCUGGUUCUUCUGUACGCCGCUUCGGAAACUGCUUUGGCUCUUCCUCCAGCCUUUCUUCUACAGUCUGAGACCGCUGUAUGUGAACCCCAAAGCAAUCACACGGAUGGAAAUUUUUAAUGCCGUUGUGCAGUUUUCUGUUGAUCUUAUCAUUUACUACCUCUGGGGGCUCAAACCUAUUAUUUACUUGAUAGCAGGUACAAUUCUUUGCAUGGGUUUACAUCCCAUUUCUGGGCACUUCAUAGCAGAACACUACAUGUUUUUAAAAGGGUACGAGACCUACUCCUAUUAUGGACCUCUGAACUGGCUCACCUUUAACGUAGGCUACCACAUGGAGCACCACGACUUCCCCAGCAUUCCUGGGUGCAAGUUGCCAAUGGUGAAGAAGAUUGCAGCAGAAUAUUAUGAUAACCUUCCCUAUCACCAGUCCUGGAUUCGAGUUCUGUGGGACUUUGUUUUUGAUGACAGUAUCAGUCCUUAUUCAAGGGUUAAGAGAAAAUGCAAGCUGGCAAAAGAAAAUUAAUGGACUAGCUCCAGCUAGGAUCUGCACUGGCAUUUGGUUUGCUUGUUUGAGUGGUGUGAGUGUUCUGCAGAAGGAUGCUCCUCUGCGCUGGCAUCACGUUGCUACGUGCUCCUUAGACCAAGAGGAUAAGUGCCAAAAUGCAGCAGUUGGAUGCACUAUUUUAGAUACUAUUUUACUAAUACUUUUAAGUAAAGGAUAUUUGUAUAUGUAACCUUAAGAAACUACACUAGAGCAAGCUGCGCUUACAUGAAUCUUGGUCUAGAGUCACAGUUAACUUCCUGGGACAAGCGUGUCCCAGUCAAAGCUUUUGCCUGGGCUGCAAUGGAGAAUGUUUGGGGUGUGUGUGCGUGCAUGUGUGUGGCUGAGGGCUGGUUUCUCUUCAUGCCAGAUGUGAUGUAGAUGCUUUGCAUGCAUAGGACCAUGGAAGCAGGGAUGACUGGCAUGCAGUAGCAAAUGAUACUCUAGAAGAGAACAAAAAGGGUGCCUGUAGCUCACACUUCUGUCUAAUCCAGUGUCUGAUGCCUGACAAUGGCUGGUGGUAGAGAUUUUGUAUAUGAAAUGGAAUAUGUGUGUAUUUUUGUACAUUUAGAUCAUUAUUUUAGUAGCAACUGUUUGACUUUAUUCCAGAAUUUUGUUUAAACCUUUUUCCAACCUAUUUCUAUACUUAGUAUCUAAUAUUCAAUGUAGUUAUGUGGCAGGGCUGAAUUGUGGAGACUUGACAAUGGGAAGCACAUGAUACCUGCUCUGGAAAGCUGACUACUAACUCCUGUCCUUACCAAGUGGUUAAAGGAGAACAGAUCUAUAAAGGUCCUCUUAUAACCUGACAGCUUAAUCCCUCUAAUGGUUUUGACUGUUUUUUCUUCUGGAAACCCAUGUACAUUACAAAGGAAAGGAUUAUUUUACUGUCAUGUUGAUCCCUCAGAGUACACUGUUAGGCUUGGGAAUCCCGAUUUCCUCAAUAAACUCAGUUUUGUUUCUCCCUCGUGCAGCACUGGAUCCAGUGAGUCAUUCUGGUGCAGUCUUCUGGCCUUUCAUGAGGUGCAAAACAGGCAGCUGAGGUAGCCUGUGGCAAUUUGGGUUCCUCCGCCUACAUUUCCUUUUCCUGCAGUUUCCUCAUUCCUCUGAUUUUGGCAGUCAGGCCAAUUGCCAGGCUUGCUCAGCAGUGCAGGAUCCUUUGUCACGCAGGGGCUGAGCACCAUUUCGCUCACGGACGCUGGUUUGGUCCCUGGGCUGGGCUUCUGGAAGAGAAGAGGAAGGACAGACAUCUGCCACUUCACUGAAGUGUGCCUUUUCCCCAGAAAAGUGGUUUUGGUGUGGGAGCUUCCAUUAACUUCUUUGUGGCAGUGCUCAUGUCAGGGAGCUUGGCUUUUUUAUUGAUUUACUUCAGUGCUGCUGGCACGUCGUUAUCGUGUAUUCAGCUUCCCAUGUCCUUAGCAAGCUGUUGCUCAACUCUCUCAGCCAAUUUAGCAAGCUAAUAUAAAAACCAUAAUAAAGCUUAUGCUGUGCUCCUCA